AUGGGUGUUUUUGGGCUGCGCAGGUUCAUUGACGCCUCCUCCUGCACGAGAUUUCUCCCCGAAACCGCGCAGGAUGCGGAGGAGCCCUUAGCCGCCCGUGAUCUCGACAAGACGCAUGGGGCGGCCGGUAACUCGGCGCUUUCUUCGAGCCCUGCGGCGACGCCACACGCGGAUCACGUUCUUGUGGAUUUGAACUGCAUCAUUCACUCCUGUUUCGGCCGUGAUGCGGCAACGAUGAGGAAGCGGGAUGUCGUGCAGGCCGUGCUGGAGAAGCUGCGGGCGUUGCUGACGCUGGUGGUGGUCCCGCGGGUGUCCUUGACGAUAUGCAUCGAUGGCCCUGCACCGUACGCGAAACUCCACACGCAACGACUUCGAAGGCGGCGGUUGGCGCUGCUCGACACGGGCAGUGCGCAGCAGUUGACGUCACUUGCCGUGACGCCCGGCUCCCUCUUUCUUGUGGAGUUGGAGAACGCCUUGGCGGCGCAGUUCAAGCUGCGAGGUGGACGCGGAUUUCUGCCCCACUUUGUUCCUGUCUUUCUUCACGGCUCCACGGCGGCUGGCGAGGGCGAGGCAAAGAUCGCGCGGGCUCUUGCCCACGUUGCCACCGCCUCUCUCUCGCGGGGCGAGCGGUACAACCCGAACCACACGGUUGUUGUGAUUGGCAAUGACAUUGAUCUCACCCUGACGUGCCUGGGGGCGACGCAGUACCACAAUCUCUUCGUCGUGGGGCCUUCUUCGAUGCAGCUCAUCAGUGUUUCCGAGAUGCUGUACCGGUGGCUGCGUGGCGGGACACAAGGAGCCGGGGAGUUUCGACUAACCGUGCAAGAACUUGCUUCGGUGCGGGUGGACUUUGUGUUUCUUUUUCUUCUUAACGGCGGUGACCACUACGUUGGGGUGGGCGAUGUGGCACCUAUCUUGUGGAAGCGGUACCGCACUGUGCGAGCGGCGUCGAUGCGGCGUUGCCUGGUCGCCCCGGACUUGAUGUCCAUCGACGUGGAUUUUUUAUCGGAUGUUCUUCAGGCAUCCGACUACACCGGCGACUGCGAUGCGGGAGUAGGCAUGGAGUUGCUUCGCGCCUCGCUGUGGUCGCUCUACACCACCGUUACCGGCGUGUGCCCCGACUACCAGUACAUCCCUGCGCCCAUGUCUCCCCAUCUCAACCACCUCCGUGCGGCGGUACUCCACUGCCUGAAGAAUCGCCGCGGCAUUCGCAUUCAACCCCGUCGUGACGCCCGUGGUCCUCUGGCACCGCUGGAGACAUUUGUCGCGCUGAUGCCCACAGAGGCGGCGUUACCUUCGAGUGUGGCGCAGGCACUUCGCUCCUCACGCAAGUAUGAGACCAUAGCGCAGCAGUUGUUCACGAGUAACGAUGCCGCAGUGGUGGCAGAUGCCGCCAAGCAGGCUGUCGAGGUGGCAGGCGAGUUCCUGACGGUCAGCGAACAGUGUCUGCGGGAUUUCACGUCUCCCGUGCAGCUGAAUGUCCUGCAGCCACCACGGCGUCUCUCACGACAUGAGCAGCAUCGCAUGCUGGCGUCAAAAGGAAGGAUUGAGCGGGAGGAACCACUUCCUCUCGUUGAAUGUGUCACGCUGCCGGAAUCGUUUGAGUACGUGACAGCCACAUACCCUUCGUAUGUGAAGGAUCUGCUCUUUUCAUCGCCAUUUUGCCGAGCGGCCGAGACAUUGUCGUCAGGCAAUCGUGACGUCACGACCACCAUGCAGCCGUUUGUGCCUAACACCGCCCGUGAAGCAGGGCGGCGUCAGAAAUGCAAGCGUGGCAGCAGUGACGGUGAGGUGCGGCGUAUUCCAGUUCACAUGCAGUCAAGCGAGGAGCCCUCUGCGGCACGGCAACUGCAAAAGACGCUUGAAAAGGCAUCCUCCCUUGUAAUGCCGGAGGGGCGUGACAAGAAGACACUGCGGCGACUGAAAAAGAAACUUAACGCCCAGCGUCAGCUGGUUGAGAAGCAGUCGCGCAGCGAGGAGAGCAGCGCUGAGGCGAAGCGGCACAUGCUGCGCCAGAAUGACAAGGCUUUUCUUGCGGAAAUUCAGCGUUUCUUGGGGGAGGAGGACGAAGACGUGAGGCAACUCCUCCGGCACGACGGGGGUGAGGCGCCAGGAAACAAUAGGCAGGAGGAGAGGCAAAUGAAGAAACAGAAGAGUGUUUCCCGUGCAGGAGACAAAGUGGCAUUAUUUGGACGCAAGCGCCGCAGAGAGUCGGCGGAAACAUUGUCCAUGACACGUGCCGAUGAGGAAGGAGACCGGCAUGAAUCGUCCAAUGGCGGAUGCAAGGCUGCAAAGAGAGGGCGGCGGGAAGUAAGCCACACGGAAAAUCAUCAUCACACGGCUGCUGGCGCUGCUCGUACGUGCGGUAGAGAUAAACGCGAGGCGGUGAAUGGUAGUCCAUCAGAGCAGCCGGCGCUGAAGAAGAAGAAUAAGAAGAGGGCGAGCAGGGAAAUGGGGGCGACGAGCCUUCAUUAA